AACCAAAAUAUUUAAAACCUUUUCAUUAUUAACUUUAGACUUUAAAUAAACUUAUUGGGCAUUUUUACAAAAUUUACAAUUUAUUUAUUUUCCAAUAUUACGAGCGCCAUCUGUCACCCAUCGUUGUCAAGAAGAUAGAGACAACUUGAAAAGAAAGGUACAAAAUAAUUGUAAGUGGUGAACGAUAAAACGCGAAGAAUCAAUGGAAACAUCUAAAACUCCAAGGUCGAGUAAUUUCACAAAAACUGGCUUUGGGGAUGAAUAUACACACCAGAUUUAUAAAUACUUUAAAGAAAAACCUGAAAAUUUUGAAAAAUUCAUAACAGAAAUGACAGAUUUAAAGACGAAGAAAAAGCCAUUACUCGAAUCUUUGAAAAGACUUUGCUUUCUGCUUCAAAAAUCACCUUCUCUGCUCACGAAACUUAACGAUUAUCUGCCAAAAGGAUAUCGAAUUUAUAAAGAAGAGUUUUUAAUAAAAAUUACAGUGGACGAUACUCCUGUUUAUUGUCUUAUAGACGAACAAAAACAGGAAAAUGUAUACGAUAAUCUAAGUGAGAAUCGAAUUAGCAAUUUAUUGAAUAAAGUGCAGCGUAGAUUUGCUGGACAAAUAGACUCCCUUCAAGAGAUUAAGGAAUGUAUUGAACGGUACGCAUCCAGUAACGAAUAUACACCGGAAGAACUCUUUAGCGACAUGAAACGUCAUCUGGGUGCGGAAAUAGAUUUGCUGCUAGAAUUUGCUGAAAUUUUGCCAAAUUCGCGAAAUCAUAUGGAAAAUCUCAAAAGGGAUAGAGAUAUUGAUAUUCAACGCUUGCUUGGUAAGCGAAAAAGGGAACUAAAUGAAUCAACGAAUGAAUAUCCGUCGAAACGUGUAAAAUUAUCUCGCAAGGAAAACGGAAGGACAAGACUUCUAAACGUCGUUCACAGAAUAAAAAACAGCCUGAAGAAUGAUAAAAUGUCAACAGAAUUCCAUAAAUGCAUGUACCUUUUUAUUAAUGGAGAAAUAUCAAGAGAAGAAGUAAUUGAACUAAUUAGAACUAUGCUAUGUAAUGGUCACAAAGAACUCUAUGAGGAAUUUCUAGCUGCAAUGGAAGUUCGUACAGAUGGUACCGUUAGGCUCGGCAAUAAUUCCCUCCCACUACCUAAAGCAAACGGUCUGUCAAGGAAUAGAGUUUCAUCCUCAAAUCAAUGUGGAGCAAGUUAUAAGACUCUACCAUCUAAUACUCCACUGCCUAAAUGCUCAGGACGAACAAAGCUGGACCGGAAAGUCUUGAAUGAUUAUUAUAUAUCUGUAUCAUCAUUAAGCGAAGACUCCUAUUCCGAAAAUUAUAAAAAAUCUACAUUAGAAGAAACUAUGUUUCAAUGCGAAGACGAAAGAUUUGAAUUGGAUAUUCUUCGAGAACAAAAUAAAAGUGCCAUGGAAUUAUUUCAAAAGCUUGAAGUAGAAUUUAAACAAAUGUCUCGCGAGGAAAAAGCUAAAGUACGAUUGGACGAAAAUUUUGGCGGUUCUUCUAUUCUAAUUAGAAAAGCUUAUGAAAAGAUAUAUGGAAAAGAUGAGUCUAACAAGAUCCUAAACGGAUUUAAAAAAAAUCCUUUAUCAUCUAUAUCAUCCAUAUUAAAUAAAUUAAAACAUAGGAAUGAAGACUUGAAAGAAUUGAAGAAAAACUUGGAAAAACAACUAUCUGAACGAAUUGAAAGAGCUAGAAUUAAAACAAUGGAGCAAACUACUACAAUUUUUAAGCAAAGUGAAAGCAAGAGAUUAAGGGCAAGAGUGUUUAUCAAUGAAAUUUUUAGAAAACGAGACAUUGCUAUUGCUGAAGGAAGCAAUAAUUCACAUAUUUUGCUCUCAUUUAAUUCAUUACAAUCGAUAUCUGACGCUGUCUAUCUUAUAUGGCAUGAAGUUAAACGUCAAUAUCAAAUUACUACGACUGAUAAGUCGUUUUGUAGGGAAGUUCUUAUGAAGUUUCUUGCUCGUUUUAUGCACGAAAAAGAAGGGUUUCAAGAGUUUAGUAUACCAGAAAAGAACCUAGAAGAAGAGAAUGAAUAUGACAGUGACAGUAGCGACAAUGAAGAAACUUUAUUUGCAGAUCCACCUUUACGCUUUCCUUCAUUAAAUAGAGAAGAAUCGUGUGAAAGAUAUUUCUCCUUAUUCGUUGGAACUGAAAUAUGGUAUAUAUUAACGAGAUUACUACAUGCGUUAAGUGAUAGAUUAUUCGAAAUCAAAAAACUUUCCGACGAAGCAGAAAAGGAGAGGAGAGAAGAACAGAACAAAAGCGAAAGUUCUAAAUCAACGUCAAAACAAAAAUCAAGAAAUACAAUUCCAUCUGAUGCUUUUUAUAUUCAUUUCUUGGAGUUACAAUACUCUUUAUUAAGCGGUAAUGUUGAUGAUACAACGUUCGAAAAUCAUAUUCGUAGCAUGUUUAAUACUUCAUCUCAUAUAGCCUUAACAGUGGCCGAUAUGGUUAGAACAUCAGUAAAAUAUUUGUUACAAGUAAUUCGUGACGAAAGUUCGGUGAUGACGUUAAAAUUUUGGAACAAUCAGGAAGGUAUUAACAUUGUAAAUGGUAGAUAUGCUGAACGAAAUGAAAAGCUAAGUCUUCAAUCAAGAUAUGCAAGAAACGCCUGUAAUAUGACUGAAAAUGGCAAUUGCUACAAGUUUUUCUUUAGUACACAAGGUAAAAGUUAUUCGAGUAUUAAAAUUGACCUAUUAGACGUACCUAAGCGAGUCAACUUUACAAGUUUGGAGUUGUAUAAUCCUAAAUUUUUGGAAAAUCGUAAAGAACGGGAAGAUAAACCAAAGGAAGAAAGAAUUUUCCUUAUUAGAAAUCUUAAAAAGUGCUAUCUAAAAAGAAGGGAAGAAAAUAUCCUUUGUUGCCAGUCUAUUACACCAAAAUCCGCCAAAGUAAAAGAAUUACGAAAUAAAAUGAUUUUUUCCUCUGUGACAAGAUGUGAAAAAUUCUCAAAACUAUUAGAAACCUUCCGAAGAAAGAACAUUUCAGAAAAUCAGUUAAUGUCUUAUAAAAAUUGGAUAGAAUUUCAAAUGAAUAUAGAAACUAUUGAUCCACAAUGGACAGCUCCUUUUCAUCGUUAUAAAAAAUACCACUUUACGAAAUUCAACACUUAGGUUAACUUUAUUUAAACAAACAGACUACAUUUAAAAAAAAGGAUACAGAGAGAUUUUUUUAUAUUUGUUUAUUUUUGAUUUUUUUUCAAAAGAUUAAUAUAUGUUUUUUCCCGAAA